GGGGGUCUCUUUUGAUCUCGCAAAGUCUCGCGAGAUCUCAGCUUAACCUCUAUCCUUGUUACUAAAGCAGUGACAGUGUGGCUGCUGCUGACAGACUGCCGCAGAAAUCAUGCUCAGAGCAGUAAACAAGACACAUCUCAGGCAGCUGUCUGCUCUGAUUCAGAGGUUUCAGAGUACUCUGGUUGUUGCCGAGCACAAUAAUGAGACGCUGACCCCCAUCACGCUGAACGCCAUCACUGCUGCUACGAAACUGGGCAGUGACGUGUCCUGUUUGGUUGCUGGAACAAACUGUGCUAAGGUGGCAGAGCAGUUGUCCAAAGUUCAAGGGGUGAAGAAAGUUCUGGUAGCUCAGCAUGAAUCCUACAAAGGUUUUCUGCCAGAGGAGCUGACGCCUCUCAUCUUGGCGACCCAGAAACAGUUCAGUUUCACACACAUCUGUGCGGGAGCUUCUGCUUUCGGAAAGAAUCUCCUUCCAAGAGUGGCUGCCAAGUUGGAUGUGGCUCCCAUUUCAGAAAUCAUUGAGAUCAAAUCUCCAGACACCUUUGUGAGGAGCAUUUACGCCGGAAAUGCCCUCAGCACAGUCAAGUGCAAUGAAAGCGUCAAGGUCUUCACCGUCAGAGGCACUUCCUUUGAACCUGCAGCUGUGGAGGGGGGCAGCGCGUCUUCAGAGGAAGUCUCUCCGUCUGCCGCUGUUGGAGUCUCUGAGUGGCUGGAACAGACGCUAACCAAGAGUGACCGUCCAGAACUCACCGGUGCUAAAGUCGUGGUGUCUGGAGGGAGGGGCUUGAAGAACGGCGAGAACUUCAAACUGCUGUACGACCUCGCUGACACACUGAACGCAGCCGUCGGUGCCUCCAGAGCCGCAGUUGACGCUGGUUAUGUCCCCAACGACAUGCAGGUUGGACAGACGGGAAAGAUUGUGGCUCCUGAGCUGUACAUUGCGGUUGGCAUCUCUGGAGCGAUCCAACAUCUUGCUGGAAUGAAAGAUAGCAAGACCAUCGUGGCCAUCAACAAGGACCCAGAAGCCCCCAUUUUCCAGGUGGCUGACUAUGGCCUAGUGGCAGAUCUGUUCAAGGUUGUACCCGAGUUAACCGAAGCCUUGAAAAAGUGAGUCGACUCAGGAAGACGUUACUCAUCUGGAGAACUUCACUAGGAGCCUGCCUUAAGAAACUCAGAGCCAACACUCCACGGAUGGUCUCCUCCCGAACAGGAUGUUCCUCCAGAACACCUAUAUGUACUUACAAUAGCUAAUGUAAACAAUAAACCUAAAUUAUGGUGGACGCUGUCCCUCCAGAAGCAGGAUUGGACUCUCCUGCUGUAAACGGACCUCAGUGGAGUAGAGUUCAUUUAUCCAGCAGUUGUGGAUGGCUGUCUUACGAUGUUCUUUACAUGUUUUAUGUCAUCUAUUUGUGGAAGUAACUUGCUGUUAGUUUUGUUUUAAUAAGGUAGCUGUCUGGACCUGGAUGUUCAUUGAAGUGAUCAUAAUAAAUAUACUUCUGCUUGUU